UUUAUAUUUUGGUCUUUCUGUUCUCAUUUAUGCAUGCCCAUGAUUAAUAAGUAUUUGAACGUAGGAUGCUAUGCUUGAGUCUUGAGACGAAUCCCCAGCAGAAACAAUGGGGUGUACUUCUUCAGUAUGCGCACUAGGGAGGAAGAAGAAAGUGAUUAUCCCCGAAGCUGUGGUGUUUGUUCCUUCAGUGAAAAUUCCCGCACAAUCUGAUCUUCAAAGACCACUUAAAGGCCUAAUUCCACGGGAGCUUCUAGAUAGGUUGGUUUGUCUCAGGAACCAGAUUGUAUUAGUGGCUGAGGAUACUGAUGGAUCUGCUAUAAUACAACUACGGCGGGCACUGGAGGAAUAUUUGUCUCUUUUACUUGGUCUCAUCAAGAAAGAAUAUGGCCUUGAGGACUUGGUAGAGUUCAAGUGGAAAAAUCUGGAAGAUGGAAGACAACAGGAAACCUGCGUGGCAAACUCCCGGUUUGAAUUACUUUCUGUCGUUCACAUGAUCGCUAUGCUUACAUUAUCAGAGGCCAAUACAUUGAUGAUCCCCAAGGACUACUCUUGCUCGGGUGUGAGGGUUGUAUCUACAGAUUGCAAGAGAAUUGCUAUUGAUUUACUGCUUAAGGCUUCGGGGUACUUGGAAUUUUGUGUCAAGAAUGUGCUAAUUCACUUGCCGCCUGAUAUCAAGAAUAGGUUGCCAGGAGACUUUCAGGAUGGUGUAUUGGAAGCUAUUUCCAUUCAAGCACUAGGCCAGGGAACUGAAAUUCAACUCGGAUUAGCUGUUGAAAGUCAGAAGGCAUCCUUAUCAGUGAAGAGGAGAUUGGCUUGUGAGCUAUUAACCUAUUUUAGUCAGGCUUAUCAAUGCUUGUCUGGAUGUGACAUGAAUCACAGUCAUGGAAAGAAGCAUAUGUGGUUCAUCAAGUGGAAAUUUCUUGAAUCAAAGGCUGCAGCUUACUAUUACCAUGGCCUUAUACUCGACAAGGGUGAUGAGCCGUCUUGUCAUGUUAGCGCCGUGUGUUGUUUCCUUGCUGCAGAAGAACUUCUGACAGAAAGCAAAAAGGCCUGCUUAAGCUUUUGUCUUGCAGCUCCUAUAACAAGAUCUCCUCCACUUUGGGGUGCUAUGAAGUUUUUGCAUCAGAAAAUACCAGAAGUUGCAUCAAGGAAGUCUCAGAUGUAUGGUUAUCUCUUGGAAGAAGAGAAGGCUCUUCAAGCGCCUGAGCUACCAGGUUUCCAACUGUCACUAAGACCUGAUGACUAUGAACUGCCUGAGAUAGAUCAAGCUUGGAACAGAGAAAAGUGGGUAAUCGAGAGCCACACCCUGAAAGAGCACCUCAAAGAUAAUGAAGAAAACGACAUUGAAACCGAAUAACACACUUCGAUUGCUUCCUUUUUCAUCUUUAUUUAAUCUGUAGUUGAAUAUAUAUUGUAAUCUUUGCCUGCAAAACUUCAUUGCUUUCUCAUUGAAGCUAAUAAAAUACUACAGAAUACCAACUUCACAAGUUUCU